AACGGACUAUUCACAGUAAUCGUGUUAUUGUGUUGCUGUGACCGUACUCAGUGUAUAGGUCAACAGUGUAUAGGUCAACACUGUUCCCGGAGGCGACCUGAACAUUUCCCAGUACUGCCUGAUCAAAACAGUCUUGAAGCAUAGAUUCCGAUUGGUCAGACCAACAUUGAACAGCCCUUACCACGGGUGCUUCCGGCUUGAGUUUCUGCCCUAUAGGCGAGGAGGAGUGUGUGUGUGUGUGUAAAUAGAACACACCUCAAUUCUCUCUGUUGGUUUAGUUAAACGGCGUUUCUAGUUUACCACCUCUGCCAAGGGCAACCGCUAACCAGGAUACACGCACACACACACACACACACACACACACACACACACACACAUACACAAACCUCCCGUGCCAGAUCUCAGGGGAACAGUGAUGGAACAGUGAGAGACACAGGAAGGAGCAGGACCCGGAUCAGGGAGGUGUGAGUGCGUCUGUUUGUGUGUGUGUAGGUAGCCAGGGGAGGGGUUCUAAAUCAUUAAACACCUCUGUGUAGAACAUUGUGUCAGUGUAGGCAGGUGGAAGCCCCAGGUGGAAUUCAGAAGAACACUUGGUGUGAGCAGCCAUGACUAAGUCCUAUGAGUUUAAUUGGCAGAAGCACCUGCCUGGCUUCAUGCAGGAAGGAGCUUCCUUCGACAGGUUUGACGAGGACCCGUUUCUGUUUGAGCCCAACUGUCUGGUCAAAGUGGACGAGUUUGGCUUCUUCAUCACGUGGAAGAGCGACGGAAAGGAGGGCCAGGUUCUAGAAUGUUCUCUGAUCAACAGUAUUCGAGUCGGAGCCGUGCCAAGGGACCCUAAGAUUCUGUCUUCGUUCGAGGCAGCGGGGAAGAAAGAGGAGGAGCUGGAGGGAUGUGUCAUCUGUGUCUGUAGCGGGACCGACCUCGUCAACCUCUCCUUCAUGUACAUGGUGGCUGACAGCCCAGACACAGCUAGGAAGUGGACGGAGGGUUUGAGGUCAGUGAUCCACAAUUUCAGAGCCAAUAACGUCUGUCCUAUGACCUGCCUCAAGAAACAUUGGAUGAGGAUGUGCUUUCUGACCAAUGUGAACGGCAAGAUCCCAGUGAGAACCAUCACACGGACAUUUGCGUCUGGGAAAACAGAGAAAGGAAUCUUUCAGGCUCUGAAGGAACUGGGGCUGCCUAGCGGGAAGAACGAUGAGAUAGAACACACGGCGUUCCCCUUCGACAUCUUCUAUGCCCUGACUCAGAAGAUCUGCCCUCGUACUGACAUCGAGGAGCUCUUCAAGAAAAUCAAUGGGGACAAAAGUGAUUUUUUAAACGUAGACCAGUUAGUCAGCUUUCUGAAUGAAAACCAGCGCGAUCCGCGGCUAAAUGAGAUCCUGUUCCCCUUCUACGACCCUAAACGAGCCAUGCAGAUCAUCGAGAAGUACGAGAGAGACCCCGACCUCAAGAAGAAAGGACGUAUGUCCAGCGAUGGCUUCUGCAGGUACCUGAUGUCAGAUGAGAAUGCCCCGGUGUUCCUGGACUGUCUGGAGCUGUACCAGGACAUGGAGCAGCCUCUGGCCCACUACUUCAUUGCCUCGUCCCACAACACCUACCUGAACGGGAGGCAGUUCGGAGGGAAGUCCUCCGUGGAGAUGUACAGACAGGUGCUGCUCUCCGGCUGCAGGUGUGUAGAGCUGGACUGCUGGGAUGGGAAAGGAGAAGACCAGGAGCCUAUCAUCACUCAUGGCAAGGCCAUGUGUACUGACAUCCUCUUCAAGGACGUGAUCUCAGCCAUCAGGGAAACUGCCUUUGUGACGUCUGAGUAUCCCGUGAUCCUGUCAUUUGAAAACCACUGCAGUAAACCCCAGCAGUAUAAGAUGGCUCGCUAUUGUGAGGAGAUCUUUGGAGAAUACCUACUGAGGCAUCCCCUUGAGGGAUUCCCUGUUGAGGCGGGUCGUCCCUUGCCUUCUCCCAACGAUCUCAAACGCAAAAUCCUCAUCAAAAACAAACGCUUGAAACCCGAGGUGGAACAGAAGCAGUUAGAGUCUUUUAAGAAGCACAUGGAGGCAGGAGAGACCAACACACCAGCCAUCUUACUAGGAGCAGAGACAGAGGAAGAUGUGGAGAACGCUCUGGGUGAGGUGAAGGAUGUGAUUCCUGACUUGAAGACGUGUACAUCAGAGGAACCUAGUGAAGAGAACAGCCUCAGCACCAGUGUCAGUGUCAGCGACAGUGUCAGCGUGAGUGUGAACAAAGACGGAGAGGAGAGGGAGAGGGACAACAGCAUCAAAAAGGUGGUGGAGGAGGAUCCAACAGAGAUGUCUGAGGCCACAGAAGCAACAGACGCCACAGACAUCUCCGAGGCGUCUGAGGAUAACAACAACAAGAAGACUGGCGAGACGACGGAUGACGAGGAGGCUCUGAUAGCCUCGUACACGUACGUAGGAGCCACCACCAACAUCCACCCCUACCUCUCUGCCAUGGUCAACUACGCACAGCCUGUCAAGUUCCAGAGCUUCGACGUCGCAGAAGAGAGGAACAUCCACCACAACAUGUCGUCAUUUAAUGAGUCAGUGGGUCUGGGUUAUCUGAAGACCAACGCCAUCGAGUUUGUCAACUACAACAAGCGUCAGAUGAGUCGGAUCUACCCUAAAGGAGGCAGGGUGGACUCCAGUAAUUACAUGCCUCAGAUCUUCUGGAACGCAGGCUGCCAGAUGGUCUCCCUUAACUACCAGACCCCAGAUUUGGCCAUGCAGUUGAACCAGGGAAAGUAUGAGUACAAUGGAUCCUGUGGGUAUCUGUUGAAGCCAGACUUCAUGCGUCGCUCAGACAGGAUGUUCGACCCCUUCUCAGAGACACCUGUGGACGGGGUCAUUGCUGCUACCUGCAGUGUACAGGUGUUCUCUGGUCAGUUCCUGUCUGAUAAGAAGAUUGGGACCUACGUGGAGGUGGACAUGUACGGGCUGCCCACGGACACCAUCCGCAAAGAGUUCCGCACGCGCAUGGUGAUGAACAACGGCCUGAACCCCGCCUACAACGAAGAGCCUUUCGUCUUCCGGAAGGUGAUUUUACCAGACCUGGCUGUGCUGCGCAUAGCUGUGUAUGAUGACAAUAAUAAGCUGAUAGGUCAGAGGAUUCUGCCAUUGGAGGGUCUACAGGCAGGAUACAGACACAUCUCUCUACGCAACGAAGGGAACAAGCCUCUGUCUUUACCCACCGUCUUCUGCAACAUAGUACUCAAGACCUACGUACCCGAAGGCUUCGGAGCCAUCGUGGACGCCCUGUCGGACCCAAAGAAGUUCCUGUCCAUAGCAGAGAAGAGAGCGGACCAGAUGAGAGCUCUGGGGAUUGAAACGAGUGACAUAGCGGACGUGCCAAACGAGAGUUCGAAGAACGACAAGAAAGGGAAGGUGAACGCCAACGUGAAGACCAACGUCACGCCACAGACCAGCUCGGACCCGGCUCAGUCCUCUAAGUCUGCCCAGAACAACACCACGGAGACCAAGAAGGAUACAAACACCCUCGUGCCGCAUGUGAACAUUGAUGACUUGAAACAGAUGAAGACGUACCUUAAACUGACUAAGAAGCAGCAGAAAGAUCUGAACUCUUUAAAGAAGAAGCACGCCAAGGACUGCACCAUCAUGCAGAAGUCCCACUGCAGCCAGGUGGACAAGAUGAUCGCUCUGCACGACAAGGAGAAGCAGACACAGGAGAAGCUGCUGGAGAAGGCCAUCAAGAAACGAGGAGAAAACAACUGUCUAGAGUUGAAGAAGGAGACUGAGAGUAAAGUGGAGAACCUGACCACAGACCACAAGGCCAAGGUGAAGGACAUCACAGCCCAACACACUAAGGAGUGGUCAGAGAUGAUCAACUCCCACAGCAGUAUUGAGCAGGAUAUGAAGGACAUCCACGUGGUCCAGCAGUGUGAAAACCUCAAGAAACUACUGAGUGGAGUCCAGGAACAACAGACUCUCUCGCUCAAACUGAUCCACGAACGGCAGAGCAAGGAGAUGCGGGCCAACCAGGCCAAGACGUCCAUGGAGAACAGCAAGGCCAUCAGCCAGGACAAGACCAUCAAGAACAAGGCCGAGAGGGAAAGGAGAGUUAGAGAGUUGAACAGCAGCAACACCAAAAAGUUCCUUGAGGAGAGGAAAAGGUUGGCUAUGAAGCAUCAGAAGGAGAUGGAGACACUGGAAAAGUCUCAGAAAGAACAGCUAGAGGAACUGGACAAGUUCAAUGAGCAGCUUUUGAAAUCACAUCAUGCCAAUAAACAGUGUCAAGGCCAAGGACAUCCAGCAGAUGGUGAAGCUGGAGGAGGAGAUGGACCGCAGACCAGCCACAGUGGUUUAACCACUCCCACCACCUGAGACACACACAGAAACACACACACACACACUGCCCAGACCAGCCACAGUGGUCUGAACACCCCCACUAGCACCUGAGACACACACACAGACACUGCCCUCUCAAACAACUGACACAGAGACCCAGACACACUCACACACCCCACUACACACACACACACCCUAGAUUCCGCCUUUCAUCCUCAACUGGCAAUAUUGUCAUAGUUCAUAAUUCUCUAUCCCUGUAUUAUCUCCCUCUGCAAUGAACCACUUCCUACACAGGGUCUGUCCUCCCAUCUCUGACCACUCUCGCAGUUACAGAGUUAUCCCACGUGCUAUUCCCAAACCUUGCCCUCCUUCACUCCAACCACUGAAAACCCCACUCUGAGACAUCCCCAGCUCCCCUGUGCUGCGGAGCCAUUGGUGCAGACCAGUGAUUGACAGUAAGACGAGCGACUGCUUUUGGAAGGUGGACGGGACAUCCGAAACAUUGAGAGACACAACCAACCUUCAUCCUUUCCAUUUUUCCACCACUCUACCAUUCCCGGAUCUGCUUUUUAUACACCUCCAUCCAUCUUUUUUUUAAAUCUGUUUUUAAUGGAAGCAAUGUUUGCAGAUAUUAUCAAAGUCACUGUACACAUACAUAACGAUACAGACAACACACCUUACACACACGUACUAUCACGUCUGCUCUUUCUGUUGUCAUGACGGCUCAAACCGAAGUUAACAGAUCAUGUUUUCUGUUCAAACUCUUUUAAGACUUUUAUUUUGUAUUUUUAAUGGUACCGGGUAUCAAUAACAGCACCAGAAUAUGGGACGGGGAAAAUACCUAUAUAUUAGUUAUGAAUUUUAUGUCAGCACAAAAUAUGUGAAUUAUACUGUAUGCUACACAAGAGUUGAAGUAAUGUCCUGAGCACUUUAUAUGUGGUAGGCCAUCAUAACCGAAUUGGAAAAUGUAGCAGUGCACUAGGUUUCUCUGUGUUUUGAUAAGAAUGUAAAAAAAAAAAACAACAACAACAAAAAAAAAGAUGAAGACAAACGUUGGAUGAACGGUGUUCGGAGAAAAACCCCAAACCCAACGUCAGGUAGUCCUUAACACUGCGGCUUGUCCUUCAUGCACACUUUUUAUUUCAUCAGAAUGUGUAUUAUAUGAUUUCUCCCCCCCCCCCCAACCCCAAGAAACCUAAAGCCUACACCUGAGAUUCUCACACCGCCAGAAGUGUAUGCAGGGGGUAUGACUGUAUCGACCAGUUUUUCCUUCACUGGCCUCUCUAGCCACUUCAGAAAUAACCAGUUAAUGUAUUGUACUUGUCAAUGGCAAACGUAAUAAGUUUUCAUAAACUCCCAACGUGGACCUAUUUUCAACAAUCUAUACACUACAAUGUGUUUUCAUAGACCCUUUGACUCCCGAUAAGUACAGCAGCCUAAUGUAAGUGAAACACCCAUCUAGCUCUGCUUAUUCCUCAGUAAUGAAAACAUUGUUUAAAAUGGUGUGCGCUCUGAGAUGCACUUCUGACUGUACCUCAGCUGCAAUAUAAUCCCUGUACUGUUCUUGCCUGUGCCAUAGCCAGGGCGAUUAGGUAUGGUAAUAACAGGCUUAUUACACGCUUAUUACAUGGUUUUUACAUGCUUAUUAAUUCCCUUUACUGGCCUCUGAGCUAGCUGGCGACACAUCCCUUAGCAGCUCAGAACAGUAUGUUGUGCGGGCCUUUCUAGUUGAUUUAAUUUCAAAUCAGAUAUUCCUGUGCCGUGUUAUCGGUGAUGAAGCAUAGCUGUGUAGAAAAGCACUUCAUUGGCUAUCGGAGUGAAUAUCAAAACAGACCAUGUCAGGACAGGAAGUACUAGUUUGUUGUUGUUUCUGGUUUUGUAGAGACAGUAAGGAUGGACUUAACAGACGUUCAUAGCUCGCUGUGUCUCAGCCAUGAUGACACAAUGGAGUUGGAUGAAGUUGCGCCUAACAUCUGAUCUAGGGUCAGAUAUAGUUUCAUCCCACUUAUGGUGAACGUUAGAUUUGGGUAAAGGGUAGCCUAACCUCUGGCAGUGACAGUAUUGGACAGGCGGCCAUUUUAGUGAGAGGUGCAUUGUGGGAGCGUUGUUAUGAAGUAAUCAUGGGUACUGUAGUUUGUGUGCAUAUACUGUGUACACAGACAGACAAAUGUGUGGUCAGGCAUUCAUACUGCAUGGCAUUACACUCGCAAAGAUUGACCAAAACAGAUAUUACACAAAAUACACAAUAAGUGACAACAACCCCUACGGAUUUUUGUACUUUUAAACGUUCUGCUGUAUAAUUCUGCUGUAGUUUUACUCAACUGGUGUAGAGAGAGUAUUGUAUAUAUGGGAAUGUAUGUAGUUAAUUACUUUUGACCAAAAAGGUGUUCACCGGUGACCCUGUCAAUCAAGGGCUGGGGAAUAGUGCACUUCUGUUGGUUUCUGGGAAAGACAAUUAUCAACCCCUGUCCUCUUUCUUUUCCUCUCGUCUUUUCUGUUUCAGUCCAUUUCAUUAUCUCUCGCUCUCUCUCUAGCACCUCACACUACAUGGAACGAACCCUCUCGCCACAUAUCUAGUGCAGAAUUACGAGUUUAAAAAAAAUGUAAAAGUGCUUUUAUAUUUUAUUCCAUUGCUUUCAUAUGUGCCACUCAAUGUCUGCUAGGACGUUUAAAUUAUUUUACGAAUGAUAAAUGCCAAAAUAAGGGGUUAUUUAUAUAAAGGUAUAUAAAUAUAUAUAUAUUAUAUAUUAAAUAUAGUGUGUAGUUUAAGACGAUAUGUUUUUUGCACUAGUUGAAUGUUUCUGUUAUGUGUGACCUGUACGACAUGUAACCUCUUGCUCUCUAGUUUGUUGAGAAAGCAGAUUCUUUUCGCUGAACAAUGUCGCCUUUUCAUUUCCUUUACGAUUUGUAUAUCCUCUUUUUUUUUCUAUUUUGACUGUAGCUUUGUCGACAUACAGACCAUCCUGUGAGUGUUUUUGUAUUUAUAUCGUAGGCCUACUGUCGAACUUAUAGCAAUGAAAAUACUGUUGUUACCCUGUUCCUUUAAUACUGUUUUAUAGUAUGUGUACCAAUAAACUAUCCAGGUGUAAAAUAAAA